CGUGCUCGCUGGCUGGAACCUAUUGUUUAUCAGUGCGAAAACACGUUUUAUCUUAGCGUUUUUUUUUUAAAUAAAUUCAAAUACUCUCACUAGUGCUGAUUGUUGCCAAUAAGAACCCUUGUUUAACCCGCGUCAGUUAUAUCUCGCCACAAUGGAAGUCGAGCCCAUCGCUUCCGAACUAGAAAACGUGGCCGCGGUUGAUACUGAUAACGCGAAGCCGGCGGACGAGGGCGCCGGAGACGCCGCGACGUCCCACGCCGAGCGUUUGAAACGCCGUCAUAGGAAUAAGAAGCUCGCAAGAACCAACAGCAAGGAGGGAGGCGUUAGCACGCCGACGCCGCUCCCUAGAUAUAGAAGCUGGAAAAAUAGCCGCCGACCGCGCAAUGGCCACGGGCGCGGGCUGCCUAAAAAAGGAGGCGCCGGCGGCAAGGGCGUAUGGGGAGCCCCGGGCUCCGAACUCCUGGAGGAGUACAUGGAGGACGAGAAUGACCCCAACUACGACUCGGAGGCCGUAGCCAACGGAGACAUCGAGUUCAAGCAGGUCAUCGUGGAGGCUGACCCUGAGGAGAUCAUUCGCAAGUCCGAGCCAGUGAUCCUCGAAUACUUCGAGCACGGCGAUACUAACGCGGCCGCCGAGGACUUCCUCGAAUUCGUCACUGCCAAGCGGAGCCACCUGGUCUGCGAGACCAUCAUAGAGACCGCUUUAGAGCAUAAGCCAAGCCACUGCGAGAUGGCUUCAGUUUUGGUGUCGGAUCUGUAUGGAAGGGUGUUCUCUGCCAAGGAUAUUGCUUUAGCGUUCGAGCACCUCCUGGAGAAGCUGCCAGACCUGGUCUUGGACACUCCCGACGCCGCCGUCCUACUCUCCAAUUUCAUCGCGCGCUGCGUCGCUGACGACUGCCUGCCGCCGCGCUUUGUUUCGCAGCAGCGCGACGCGCCGCUCAAUGCUGCCGCUAGGCAAGCCAUCCACCGAGCGGAGACGCUGCUCUCCAUGAAGCAGGGUCUCGUCCGGCUCGACAACAUUUGGGGAGUCGGUGGUGGCAUCAGGCCAGUGAAGUCCCUGAUCCGGCAGAUCCAGCUCCUCCUCAAGGAGUACCUGACCUGCGGGGACCUGACCGAGGCCAUGCGCUGCGUGCGCGAGCUGGAGGUGCCGCACUUCCACCACGAGCUCGUCUACGAGACAAUCCUGCUCGCGGUGGAGACAGUCAACUCCUCGGUGGAAGAACAGCUGUGUACUUUCCUGGCUGAACUGAGGCGCUGCGUCAUCGUCACGCCCGACCAGAUGGACCGGGGCUUCCUCCGCGUGCUGGAGGACAUGUCGGACAUCGUGCUGGACGUGCCGCUGGCCUACAUCAUGCUGGACCGCUUCCUCGAGCGCUGCCAGCAGAAGUUCAAGCUGGGCGACGUGGUCAUCAAACGCAUGCCGAGCAGAGGCCGCAAGCGCUACGUGUCGGAGGGCGACGGUGGCGCCAUCAAGGACCACGCGCUUAAACUGCGCGAGUAAACUGCGUUCCGCCGUCGCACACACACACACACACAACACACACAAAACACACAUACACAUACAUGGGUCAUAUUGAAGAGGCACUGAGUCUUUCGUUGUUCUUGAAAGUUCAGAACAUUGGGUCUAAGUGUCAGCGAUAAUACAAUAGUAUAUAGUACAAAUUCCUUAAAAAAUAUGAGAUUUAUGCUAUUUCUGUCACACUUUAUCUAUGUAGAUUUACAGUUGUAGUGCAUAAUUAUUUUCCAUCGUAUUUUACGUACGUACGUUUCGGUGAAAAUACGAUGGAAAAUAAUUAUGCACUACAUUCUGUAAGCGAUAUUGACGCAAGAAUGAGACAGAUUUCUUCUGACGUACUGAUGUGUCUAUCAAAAAUGUUAGACAUUUAGUUUUCCCAUAUUCUGAAUUAUCUGGAAUAAGUAAAAUGGCGUGUAAGUUUAUGUAGAGCCCACAAACACGAAGCGAUGUGGCGAAAUCAAGUUUUGUAUCGCUUUUUAUAGACAUUUAUGCAUACUGUUCUAUAAUACCAUAAAGAAAUAAGCAAGCAUAGAGCAUAGUGCUCACUCCAUACAUCCGGUUUGUAACCAAAACGACUAUUAUUUUCGUAGUCGACAUCUAGCGUCAAGUAGCGGAAUUAUCACUGCUACUCGACAAUAGAUGUCACGUGUAUCGCGACUGACGAAAAGAUUACUUAACAAUUUACAACUAAUAUUACAAGCAGAAGGAGUUGAAAAUAAGAGUUCCGGUUAUAAUAUUACCUGAAAAUUGUUGAGCAUUAGACUUUCCGUUCGUCGCGACAUCUAUUGUCGAGUAGCAGUACUGAUAAUUCCGCUACUUGACGCUAGAUGUCGACUACAAAAAUCAUAGUCGUUUUGGUAAUAGAACUGAUGUAUGGAGUGAGCACUAUGCUUACUUAUUUUGAGUUAUUUCAAUAUGAUAGUACUACAUAAACGUAUACAUAGCACCUAAAGGUUGGCAGAUGAAAGUUCAGAAAUCCAUAUUGACAUUCCUUAGUAGUCAAGUAUAUCUCCAUUAGACAACCAAAACUAUUAUCAAAAUGUCUAACUUUGUCAUACAUAGGGUAGGGUACGAAACAGUGGCUCGGAAUGAAUAGCCGGGUACAGUGGCUCUCAACCACUCUCAACCUAAUUCCAACAUGAUAGAGGCGAUAUUGGAGCGACUGAGCCACUGUUUCCUACUCUACCCUACAUAUGUAUGUCUCCAUGUGACGUGAUGGUGGCGUAAGGACAUUUAGAAUAGAAUUUUUUGUAGAUUCAGUUUUAGGGUUUUUUUUUUUUCAAAAUGGCGGAGCCAUGGGGCUUUGCGAGGUCUCAGACAGCCACUGGUUUCUAGGAAUGUUUUUUUUUUUCAGGAAUGUUCCUAGAAAAUAAUUGCUCUGAGCUGUAGUCCUCGCGAGCCCCCAUGGCUCCGCCAUUUUGAAAAAAUUUCGAAAACUGAAUAGGCAUUUUUUUUUUUUAAUUCAAGAAUUUACUUAACAAAAUUUCGCGACUAUCGGUUGAGAAAUGCGACCUGUAUUGUGCGACAUAAAACAGUAGAAAUUAAUUAAACUGGAACGAAAAAAAUCCAUACAAAAUUUUUACCAUGUUUAAUUGUUUAAGCAUUUGACGUCAAAAAUUUAAGUUGCGUAGGAAGUGGCGCCCGCAAUAAUUUUCUACAAUUUCUUGUCGGACUAUAGAAGAGAACAACCGGACUUACGAAAUCAUUUUAGUCCAAGCCGAAACGGAGACCUUCACUAAUGCUCGGUCAAUUAGAGGCUGAUAUUGACCUGCCUUUACCUUGGAGUGUGAUUUUGUCUAAAACUUGAAAAACUAGAGAUUUCUGAACUUUCAUCUAAUUAAGAAGUACAAUCCACAAAAAAACAUGACAAGCAAUAUGGAUAGCGGUAAUUAUUAAUACAAGCCUAACUGUAACGUCUAAAGACAAAAAAUGUAAUAAUAUAUAAUAUUACUAUUUGGUUACGUAGUGAAUGUAAGAUAUUGUAUGGCUUUUUGUAAAUGGGUGAAACAACUUUUUAGUGUCACUUGUCACGAGUUGUCCAGGGGAUAAAACAACUUAAAAUAUUGAUUUUAUGGUAUUUAAGUUGAUCAAACGUACAAUUGUGGUAGUUAUAAGCCAUUAAUACAACAUUUAUUCUAACAGACUGCGAUGUGUCCCUUGGACAACGGCGCGAAAUAACACAAAAAAAGUUGAUCCACUCAAGUAAAUUUAAAGUUUAAUACUUAAAUUAAGUGGCAAUUUAAAUGCAGUAUAUUGUAUUGGAUAAUAAAAUAACAAUCACCGCCUAUGGUGUUUUUCAAGCAAUGAAAUUUUGGACUAUUCCGUCAUACAUUUGACGAACAUUGACUUAGCCACCGCUUAUAAAAAUAAUCAUUGACGAAAAUGUCAAAGAAAAAGUUAUACAGCUUAUGUAAAGGUUAGUGCUAAAAUCGUAUGUUUCAUGUUUAGUACAAACCGUUUUUUUUUUUGCGUGCGACGGCGCGGUGUUGCCAGACUUGUAUUUUAAGAGUAGCGGGUUUUUUAAUUUGCAUUUUAUUGGGUUGCCAUAAAAACAUACAUUUAUAUCGUGAUAUAAUGAUUGUAUCGCUUCAAAAAUGUGAAAUGAUAUAAAUUGAAACAUGUAGAUUUUUUUUAACUGUACAUCUAAUUUAGUAGAAAUUAAGAAACCAGCUACUUUUUUUGGAUAUUAAUUUUAUAAAAAGAUAAUAUGUUGUAAGUUGUAUGUAAUCAAUUCUACGAUUAUUUACAUGAGGCGCGUGGGGUAACAUAAGCCAUUUGCACCAACAUUCAUAACUUUUUGAAAACCUAACCAAAAUAAAGUCUGUUUAACAGCUGGUUUAACAGGGACCGUACGCGUUGGAGGGUCUGCCAUCUUGUGGCCUGAAUCGGAACCAUAAACGAGUUCAUAAAUAUGUGUACAUUUCUUCACCUUAAUCCAUUGCAAUAAGGUGAAAAAAUUUAUACAUAUUUAUAAACUCGACUGUACAUUGACACUUCACGCCAAAGCAAGUGCUGCCAUCUUGUGGGCUACUUGGGAAGCAUAAACUACACAUUUACGCCUCGCGCUAAAAAUCUGACGUCUCCUGUGCUGCGCCCUACAGUUUAUGCACGCUCCCUAAUAUUUUUUUACAUCCAAAAGAAACAAAAAACCAACUGUCAAUUUAACUGUCCAAAGCAGUCUUCCCAAUUUUGAAGUCAUUUGAAGUCUUAUUAUUUGACUUUUCGCAAUAACUUCUAAUGAUUAACGUAGAAACAAAUUUCUGAAGAACGUACAAACAUCCUAAAGAGAAAUCGAGAUCAUUUUCGAGUUUGUCAAUUUCAAUUUGUCUUUUAGAAGACCUCAAUUCCUUAAGUCCUGUAUUAAAAACUACUGUAAUAGAUCACAGAUGGUGGUGCUUAAAAUCUUGCUGUCUUAUGCUUGUCUAAGGGCCUGUUUCACAAUGUCCAAGUAAAGUAUUGGAUAGCUAAUUAACAAAUAAAUUAACUGCCAGAUAAAAUUUCCUACAAAAAAAGCACUUUAUCCAGCAGAUAAAGCUUAUUUGGAGAUUGUGAAACGCCAACGAUGACUUUAUUCGUCAGAUAAGUGGUAAGUAGCUUAUUCAGGACUUUACUUGGACAUUGUGAAACAGGCCCUAAUACUUGCUAAUAUCCAUUACAAAGUGUUUUUAUGUUACUUCACGAGCUCUUGUCACGCAUUGAUAUUUUUAUAACGUCUAGACGUUUAGAAUAUGUGUUUUAAAUUUUUAUAAAGUCCAUACUGGGUAUGUUGUGGGGUACACUUGCUUAUUUUUUUUUAAGCGGAGCAACUUACGCUUAGCCAAAGUUUUAUUGUACAGUUUUGGAUCUCUCCACACCAAAAAACAACAUAAUUAUGUAGAUCUUCAGAGAUUAUCCUUUGCAGAAAUCUAAAACAGUUACAUAAUGAAACAAUGUGUUUAAACCGAACAACUUAAUUGAUCAAAUGUUUUUUAAUAGGGUAUCACUGUAUUAAAAAUAAAAUUAGCUCAAAUCUACUAGUAAACAAAAAAAACACAUACAGUAAAAAGGAUUUAACUUCGUCGAAUUUCAUAACCGACGUAAGAGUUAAGCCAUUGCAUUUCAUAAUGUACGACUUUUUCUACAACUAAUUCGUAGAUAUUUCUAAAAACGUACAUUUUAAUGUCUGAUCCCCUAUUACUUUAAUGACAUUCUUAUAGUUUUGUAUCGGGAACAUUAUUUUUCUGUUAUGUUUUGCCAUUUACACAAUAAAAAAAUAGUUUGCUCAGACCCCUGCAACACCCGGUUAUUUAGAAGCAAGAAAGAGCUUGAUUCUUUCUGAUUAUUUUCAGGUCACACGACAAUUCAUUUUUUCUCCCAUUUUUGACGAGUCUGUAAUAUUACAGUUAUUAUGUAAGCAAACAUUUGUACAAAAUUUCGUUUGAAAUAUAGUACAGUUUAUUAUUUGUGUAGCCCAUACAUUUUGUUUUCCAAAUAGUAGUAGUCACAGACGUACGCCGUUAUUAAUUUCUCAGGCAUUUUGAAUGUGUUUAAGGCAUUUUAAUCAUUCCAAAGCAUAUUAACGUAGCUUUCAUGUCCGUAACUGCCGAGAAAAUUAUUUAUUUGAUGGAUUCCUUCAUAAUUGUCAAGUACAUUGGACCCGCCAUGUCCUAUCUCUAUCGCACGCGCAUAAUUAUAUUGCUAUCCCGCCGAUGAUGCCGGCGGUCUGAAAAUUUUCGUGCUCAGCGUCCUUACUUUAGUAGAUUGAAGAAAAUGGAGUGUGUUGCGCCUUGGAGGGCAAGCGAGGCUCCCAUCAUAGAUUUACAGACUGGUUCAAUGAGGUAAUCCACCAAACUAAUGUUACAACUAGGUAUUUGUAUAGAUGGCAGCACCAUCUCUCUCGCUAUACAGUAAUCCCGUAAGGGAUUCAUAUAGGAGGUGCAAGCACUGCUCGCCCUUAAGAGUUGGUCAAGAGCGCCUAGCCUUUCAAUGAUUGGCAUACUAGAAAAUUUGGAACGGGUACCAACGUGGCCGGGUGGUCUAGUGGUUAGGGCGUUAGCCGCGUAAGCUAAAGACGCGGGUUCGAUUCCCGCCUCGGCCACCGGAGGGCUUGGUCACUUUUUCUUAAGUAUAUGACAUCUAUUCUGGUUUACAAACUGAUAUUAUUAGCCAUAAGGCUGUUCACGUCCAUUUUUGCCAUUUACUCCACCAUUUUUGCAUUUGGUCGUGUGGCCUGGCAGUCAUUUAGGUGCCUGAUCCUACCGAGGAUGAAUUGUGAUUUAUUUUGUCUGGUGAAUGUUUUGAGUCAGUGAUUGGCUAGUUUGUUAAUACAUAAAAAUAAAUAGAGGAUAUUUCAUA